UUUCCCGAAGAACAUAGAAAGAGGUUUGCCAUCCAUAAAUGGUCUAAUUACUCUUUUGGAUUCUGAAACAGGCAGAGUGAAAAUGAUGCUGGAGGCUAAUGAAAUCACAGCUUGGAGAACUGCCGCGGCAUCUGCUGUGGCCACCAAACACAUGUACAAGGGUGAGAAGAAGGUGUUGGCAAUCCUGGGAGCUGGGGUGCAAGGAAAAAGCCACGCCUUAGCUAUGCAACAUUUAUUUCAAUUUUCAGAGGUAAAAUUGUGUGUUUAACUUAUUGUUGUUAUU